CCCAGGAACCUGUUAGUACAAAACCUGCACUGGCCAGUGUACGGCCUGCACUCAUUAGCAUACAGCCCGUAGAAGAAACUCGGCCUAAAGACAGUCAAGGAGAAGAUGAAUCAAAACAAGCUGCACCUGUAAUGGAGGAUGACAUCAAAGCUAAACAAAAGAAGAGGCUGGAGCAGUUUAACCAGAGGAUGAGACUGAAGAAAGAGCAACAAAUGGAAGCUCAGCGAACACAUGGACAAAGCCAGAAAUCAGCACCAGGAAAAGUUACCCGAAACGAGGUAAAGAACGUGUGGAUAUGUGGCCACUCCCUGGUGUUCUGGGCUGAGAAGAGGGCCACAUCUCCUGAAAUUGGUAUGCAGCUUGGGAUGGACCCCAACUGUGUGCGGAUAUGGUGGAAGGGUGUUCAGGGCAUGACUUGGCAACAGCUUCUGCCCCAGCUGCUCCAGCUCAAAGACAAUUGGCCCAAACCUGAUGUGAUUCUCUUACACCUGGGAGGAAAUGAUAUCGGCAAGACCACCACAGAGGCCUUCCUGGCAGCCGUGAAGAAAGACCUGAUUUCGAUGAAGAGCAUAUUUCCUGAGUGCCUACUGGUUUGGUCCGACAUCCUACCACGUAGGUCCUGGAGGCACUCGGAGGACAGUGCAGCAGUGGACAACACGCGAAGGGCCAUCAAUAGAAGCAUCUGCGGUAUUAUUACAGAGCUUGGUGGAUCUUCUCUCUCUCAUGAGAACAUAAAGCCUGGUUUGGACACUGGCCUCUACAGACCAGAUGGGGUUCACCUCUCUGGUAAGGGAAUUGACACUUUCAAUUUGAACAUGCAAGACUUCCUUGAGAAGUGGGAGAGUGAGAUAAAUAAGGAUGAGCCUUCUGAAAUGUAGACUCCUUUUAACAUGGUUCAUUUCAUAAUGCUGUUUUACUUCUGUACAUUGUUCUUGUACUGUGUAAAUGUCUUCAUCCAUGUAUCUCUUACAUUGUUAGGGUUGGAUACCAACCUAAGGUUAUAUGAAUGUCACUGCAUGUUUUAAUGGAUUAAAAAAGGUCUAUAGAAAGACUGUUGGUUAAAAAAACAUCCUGUGAUCUUUAAUAAACACCUACUCAAAUCUUUUUGUUGAUUAGAAGAUUUUGAUUUGUUUUAUUGGUUAUGUUUAUUAAAAACAAAACUGUAUAAAAGCAAGUAUGAAAAUAAAAUAAUACAGGAUUUACAACUGUGUCUGUUUAUUGAGGUUUUUUUUCUUUCCAAUUCCAAAAAUUAUUUGAAAACUUGGAUGUGCCUUUUGAACCACAGUAAUGUAGUAUGUUUUAUACUGCUGAUCAAGCAGUAUUGAUACCACUUUGUAAGCAUUCUGUAUGAGUUCUCAAUGCACCUUGCUGAUGAAUGCAUUCCUUGAGCUGUACACAGCAGCACAAAAUAUUAAUUAAAGCAAACUUUUUCUACUCAGAUGAUUUGUAUUGUCUGUUUGAGAUUUACUAUCUACAGCAGAUAUUGUAAUGCCCACUGGAUGCUACUAAAUGUAUUGUCCCUGUUCCCCUGUUGUCCCGAGCAUGAAGCCGGUUUGGUGGUCUAUACAGUGGUUGCCUUUCUCUUCUGCAGGUGGUAAUGGGAGCCCUUAGGUUUCCCUAUCUUCUGGAUAGACUCAGAAGUUUAUAUAGGUUUGGAGCAUCUGAUGGACUGCACUGUACAUCUUCUGAAAACAGAACAAAGACUGAACUACAAGAAGACAACACACUUCCGAGGAGCAAUUAUAUUUUAUCUUGAGAAAGCUGAUUUUGUAUGUGAAUAGUGUACUUAUUCAAAAUCUUAAAAAACAAAAAAAAACUUUUACGUUAUGGUUUGUGUAGUAAUUUCUGUAGAAAACAGACUGCCUAGAAGACCUUGAGAAACUUGUACGAACUUUAUUGCAUUGUAGAAAGUUGUACUGGUAGGACAACAGUGACGUUGAUACGUUUGUGCUGCUAAUGUUUGGAUGCAUUAUUGGAAUGUACAUAAACCACUAAUCAGUGGUUUAGACUGAAGUACGAUUCCCAUUAGGUGGCCCUGAUUUCAAGAACCAAGUGAGACUGUAACUGCAGUUUAUCAAUUCAUUAGUUUAUUUUUCAUUUAUUGUAUAGCAAAACAUGUCACUGUCUCAGAGCAUAUGAGGAAUAAAAAAAGCCAUCUGUUAA